AUGAGCAUACAACCAAUUGUACAACUUUUGGAGAUAGAACUGAUAGGGGACAAUCCUUCUUCUUACACCCAACCAAUGCACUGGCGGAUGCGGUUAGAGGCUUUAGAAGCAUUAGAUGACACCAUAUCCAUUGCUUUCGUGUGGGUCGGUAGUGCUGCAUCACCAAACCAUGAUCAGGUACUCGAUUCCUUUGAUGUAGGACCUCUUGCGCAGGGGGUGACGGAAUUCACAAUGGAAUGUGACCCACCGCAGGUGGAGUUGGUUCCUACGCAGGAAGUGUUAGGGGUUACAAUUCUCGUAAUAUCUUUUCAGUACAGGGAGCAGGAGUUUCUGCGCGUCGGAUACUACACGCAAGUCGCUUACUUCGAUGGACGUAUGAACAACUGCCCUCCGCCAGUACCUCAGGUGGAGCUGAUGGGGCGAUUUAUUGCAAUGCCGCGGCCGACCGUAACGGUGACACCCAUCGCAUGGAAUGGAGGACCGAGUGAAGGAAGAGAAGCACUUGAACCCAGAUGA